GAGAGAUUCAGAGAGAGUGAAACUAACUUGAUCAACAACGAUAUGGACGCCUGAAAAGAUCAAUGACUUGUGAACACAUCUGAUACUCACAGAAGUGAAGAACAAUGGAAGAAUCUUCCCCAACACUACCAGAAACACGAAAAAGGAGAGGGAGCAUGGAUGAUCCUCCAUCGGUGUCAUCCUCCAGUGUUCCACUGAAUAAGGAGCUUCAGUGCUCGAUAUGUCUGGAUGUGUUCACUGAUCCAGUCAGCACUCCAUGUGGACACAACUUCUGCAAGACCUGUCUGAAUAAGUGCUGGGACAACAGCCAGACCUGCAACUGUCCAUAUUGUAAAGAAACAUUCAAGAUCAGACCUGAUCUCAAGAUUAAUACCACACUCCGAGAAGUUGCAGAUCACUAUAAAAUGAAAAGUCCUGAAGUUCUGUGUGACGUCUGUGAGGAAAGAAAGCUGAAAGCCCUGAAGUCGUGUCUGGUGUGUCAGAGCUCUUACUGUGAAACUCACCUGGAGCCUCAUUUGAGAGUGUCAGGUUUAAAGAAACACAAACUGAUCAAUCCUGUGAGGAAUCUGGAGGACUAUAUAUGUCAGAAACAUGAGAGACCUCUGGAGCUGUUCUGUAGAGAUGAUCAGACAAUCUUGUGCCUGUGUUGCACUGACGGAGAUCACAAGAACCACAAGACUGUUACUUUAGAAGUGGAGAUUGAAGAGAAAAAGACUCAACUAAAGAGACAGAAUGACGUGCAGCAGAUGAUCCAGGACAGAAUUAAGAACAUUCAAGACAUCAAACACUCAGCAGAAGUCAGAAAAAAAAACACAGAGGAGAAGAAAGCAGCCCGUGUCAAGCUCUUCACUAAUCUUAUAGACUCCACUAAGAAAUGUCAGACUGAACUGCUGGAGAUGAUGGAGGAGCAGCAGAAAGCAGCAGAGAAACAGGAGGAAGAGCUCAUUGAAGAGCUGGAGCAGGAGAUCACUCAGCUAAAGAUGAGAAACACUGAGCUGGAGCAGGAGAUCAGUGAGAUGAUAAACACUAAGCUGGAGCAGCUCUCAAACACUGAAGAUCACCUCCGCCUUCUAAAGGUCAGUCAACAUCUUUCUGGCCCUGUUUCCACCUGGCAUUAUGUUUUGGUCAGUCGGACCACAGGUUGACAACGCUAAAUACAGGUGUAAACGGGGUGUAAAACAUUUUGUUUGUCCACUUUUAACCACUUCCAGAGGCAGUUGAAAGGCAUUUGACCAGAUUGCUUUUGUAGUGAAAACGCUCACGUGGUCGAAUGCGAACAGCCGCUAAAGACUGCCUUCUUUCCACCAACUGACACAAUAAACAUUAAGCCAGGUGGUUUUUAAAACUUUGCCGGCUGAAGCCAUAAGUUUGGUUUGAAGAUGAAAAACAUAAUAAGCACAGAAGAAACGAAAGCUGCUCUCUGUAUGUUUUGCUGUUGUCUCCGGUCACGUUCAUAUGCAAAUUGUGCACUGUUAUUUCACCUAUUAAAGGAUUAGUUCACUUUCAAAUAAAAUUUCCUGAUAAUUUACCCACCUCCAUGUAAUCCAAGAUGUUCAUGUCUUUCUUUCUUCAGUCGAAAAGAAAUUAAGGUUUUGAUGAAAACAUUCCAGGAUUAUUCUCCUUAUAGUGGACUUCAAUGGACUCCAAAUGGUUGAAGGUCAAAAUUAAAGUUUCAGUGCAGCAUCAAAGGGCUUGAAACGAUACCAGCUUUUUGCUUUUUACGUGAUAUGGCCAAAAAAUCAUAUCUCUGUAUUUUUGGACUGAA